ACUGUUUGAAAGUCAAAUAAAUUCGUAAAGUUGUAAAGAAAGUGAGAAACUGCAACGAUUGGUUAUUGAUCCGAAUUCAGUAUGUCUGCUAUUUCUCCCAUUCUGGGUGGCUUGUCAUCUUUCUUGCAAAAUCAUCAAGUAUCUUUUACGAACGGAGUAUUAAUAGUAUUUACUAUUGGCGGUGAAAAGAUCUUUCGCUUUGCUUCGUUUAAAUGCCCUUGUCAGCAACCUUUGGCAUCUGUAUACGGUAGCAGCUUUAUGAUUGGCCCAGCUGUUAUCAUAGGAGUCAUAGGCAUUCUCGUUAAUAAUUUAACUUGGCGCUUGUGCCAUGGCUGCAUGUAUCGGUCGCCACGAAGCCGACACGGUGUGCCAGAAACAAUACGCCAGUGCAGUAGUAUAUUUGCCAGGUCUUGCGUCGUGCCGUCAGCUUGGCUUUUUGUGACUCUUCUCGAUGGCAACUAUUACGUGUGUUUGGCUUCGACUGCUCCUUGUGAAACAGAAUCUGAGGAGAACAAGAGGCUUGUUGCUACAUCCCAAAUAAUCAGCUGGAUAUUUCUGGUUACCACAGUGGCUAUUGCGACACUAGGUAG